AGAUGAACUUCUGCCAACUGCAAUGUUGCUCCAGUCAGUUACUCCAAAACCUUAAGUCAAGGGAGUAUUAAAUAUGUGGUGCUUAGGCCUAAUCUUGUGACUGUACUUAAGGGUCGGUCUUUUGGGAUGCUGUUGCCUUAUCAGGGCCUCUGCUUAGGAAGGGAGGAUGUCCAGGGGUGAGGAUGUGAACCUAAACCUCUAAAAAACAUAGAUUCUUUAUGCUGCUCUGAUACAGACUUUUCUUACAAAUUUGAUAGUCACAGUGGCUGAGGUCCUAGAAAGUGUUUAAGUACCUUAAUUCUUUUUUUUUUCAGCAGGUCAUUAAUAUUCUAGAGGGCUUUUGUGUACAGUGAUUAGAUUCUGAUUUUAAAAAAGGGAGAGGAUAAUGUCUCCUUGCAGCUGAAGCAACUUGAAAAUCAGUCUGUGGCUUAUCAGAGGCCUAUGUAAGAAACCUGUGUUAUCAAAGGGAAGCACAGUGCUGCCUGGAGGCAUUUAAAGACACACGCAACGUAUGAACAGUGGUGCUACUAGUGGUUAGAGUUUGCAUGCAUAUAAAGAGCAUGGAUAAAAUAAUGAAACGAGUUAAAAGCAUGUGAUAGGAAAGGGAGCACGCUAGCUUAAAGCAUGGGUGUUUAAGGUACUGACACAACUAUAUAAGGAAAGCUGAGCCCCAGUGUCUGCUGUUUGAUUGUUGGUUCAUGAUAUUCAGUUUGGCCAUCUAUUGUGUUGCCCUGAAUAAUUGUCAGGAAUUUGUGUGACAAAUUCCAUGUUAAAUUAACUUUGUGGCUCUGCAGGGUUUGGCUGUGUUGUGUGGUGCUGGUGGAAGAUGCAGAUCCUGGCAUGAAACAAGCAAUGUUUCAUAGUGGUGUUGUGAGAAGGAACUUUUCAAUUUUCUGGGUUUAUAUGUUAGAAUAGGGUAUAGGGGUUAGAAAAGAUUGUGAGGUCUGUUAAGCUAUUAGACCACUUCUGUGGCUUUUUAAAAACAAAUACUAUGUUUCCUGUGCUGUUAAAAAAUGGUUUUCUAAGCUUCCAUAAAUAUUAAUUCUCUAGUCUUGGCAAAAUGCAUCAAAAAGGGAGGGAAACAAUGAAGAUCUGUAAACUGGACCAAUUGUCUGUGGCUUUUUUUUUUUUUUUUAAAGAAAACCCAAUUAAAAAAAGUAGAAAUUAAAUCUUGAGUAAUCUAACACUGUUGAGGUUUGAGCCAGAACACAAAAAUGCUGUCUUUUUGCACUGCUUGUGAUUUUCAGGCCCAUGUUUUUGGAAUGAAGGGUGCUUAAAUGUUUCCCAGUGUCCUUUUGUCAGGGCAGUGUUUGUAUACUUGUCACUAAGUUAGAGGACAGUAUAUUCGCCUAAGCUCCAUGGCACGAGGGAGGUGGGAUGGUACCAUAAGUCGACUAUAUUAAGACUAUAAGAGCCCAAGGAUAAACACAGUCAUGGUGUGAUUCCUUCCAGGUUCUUGGAAAGAUGACCACUCUCACACGGCAGGACCUUAACUUUGGACAAGUUGUUGCAGAUGUUCUUUCAGAAUUUCUGGAAGUGGCUGUUCACCUCAUCCUGUAUGUCAGAGAGGUUUACCCCAUUGGGAUCUUCCAGAAGAGGAAAAAAUACAAUGUACCUGUCCAGAUGUCCUGCCACCCAGAGCUGAAUCAGUACAUCCAGGACACUCUGCACUGCGUGAAGCCAUUGCUCGAGAAGAAUGAUGUGGAAAAAGUUGUAGUUGUAAUCCUGGAUAAAGAGCACCACCCAGUGGAGAGAUUUGUCUUUGAGAUCACCCAACCACCUCUUCUUUCCAUUAGUUCAGAGUCCCUGCUGUCUCACGUGGAACAGUUGCUCCGUGCCUUCAUCCUGAAGAUCAGCGUAUGCGAUGCUGUGCUUGACAACAAUCCCCCAGGUUGCACCUUCACAGUUCUGGUUCACACACGGGAGGCAGCCACACGGAACAUGGAAAAGAUCCAGGUGAUAAAGGAUUUCCCAUGGAUCCUUGCCGAUGAACAAGAUGUGCACAUGCAUGACCCACGGCUUAUUCCGCUGAAGACUAUGACAUCUGAUAUCUUAAAGAUGCAGCUAUAUGUUGAAGAGCGAGCCCACAAAGGCACCUGACUGCAGCUCUUCCUCACCUUCGAGCCUCAUCAGAUCUUCCAGUGGAAUCAGAUACCUUACCAACUAUACCUAGAUAACAAGUCUCAUCAGCUGGCCUUCUGGGUGAAUGUAGAGCAGCUGCUGCCUCUUUAUUUCAAGUGCGCUUACCACUGUAUAUAGAACUGACUUGGAAUGCGGAGCCAGAGUCUGUUCCCAUGUACAUGUGUGAGAGUGAGUACAGGUUUUGUUACAGCGAGUCCCUGGGCAUAGGGGGCAGGAUGAAGCUGGCUGCAGUGUGCAUUCAGUGCUUCGUACAAAUCCACUUUAGCCUUAAUUAGGCAUCUCCAUUGCACACUGGUAGUGAUAUACAGGGGUCUGUUGUGGCCCCACUAGAGCAAUGGACUCGCACCACAGGUGAGUGAGGCCUUAGGCAGUAUCCACGGUGACUGUCCUAAGCAGUUUUCAAUAAAUAUUAAGUUUUAUGCCAGUAGAACUAGGCUGAGUUCUAUCCAACCCAGCCUCCCCUUGGUGAGAAAGUAACUGCUCUUUGUAUUUAUAUGGAUCUUUUACCACUUUUCCAUACCUUUUCUGGAAUGUGGCUGGGAUCUGUCAGUUCUGUGACAGGCUAAACAACCAGUCUCUCCCCUUUCCUCAGGGGAACUUUCACUUAAGAGUGGGGUUAGCAGGGAGGAAUUUGCCUGCCAGCCCAGCAAGGACACCUGCCAAACAUCCCAGUCUUAACAGACCAGACAAAGAAAAACACCAUUAUCCUGCACCUAUCAAAGGAGAUGGAAGAGGGCCUUAGCAUUGGUUCUGUGUACACAGGAGUGGAAGAGGAGUCCAUAGUUUUGAGCUGAGCUUAUUGGUAAGACACUUUGAUAAGACAGCCAGCAUAGACCCUCCCUGCCUCCUCCAAGAAAUAAGUGAGGAACAAACAUUUAAGUCAUUUGCUGCUUUAACUUUUUAUAUGGUGUUAAACUGUUUAGUACAAGCCAAGUGCUUUGGUAGUACAAAGAUAGCAAGGAAAAAGCCAAGCACAGUCAAGUUCCAGCUUGUAAAAGGCACUUAGGUUGUAAGGUACCCACCUGUAAGGGAUUCCUUACCUCCUCUUUCCCUAUUUAUUCAAAUAAAUGUGGGCAGUAUGUGGACAGGUAAGACAUCAUUUUGCUCAAAUAUACGUAAUUUGUUACAACUUCUGUAAGCAUCAGCAAGACAGCACUUACUAAAAAGGCUUGACAGUUUCCUUGUACUAUCAAAGAGGUCUGAUGUGAAAGACAUGUUUAUACACACAAUUAAACUGAAACAGGAAAAUA